AAAAGGAGGAGGGUAUUUGGUAAAGAAUGGCUCCUGUUCAUUGGUUGUUUUCGUAAGCAAAGUCCAUGUUCCGAGACAAGGAGCCAAUCAUCUGAACCGUCAGAUCGAAUGCACGUUUUCAUGCGUUCGGCUUCAGCAAUUACAGGUUUUCCAUUGGUGUUUGUAAUCAUGAGUUACCGCCCCCCAACUUGACAGACUUCCGUGUUUGAGCUCACGCGUCACACUUUCAUGUGGAGCAGUUGGGAAUCUGCUGGAUAUUAAUUUUGAUUUUGCCCAGUCUUCAGACGUUCUGACAAAAACAGUGUGGCUGGUCCAUAACAUUGUUAGCAUCUCUGAUAAUGGAUGCCUCCUCAGCUAAAAAAACUCCUCAUCCUUUCUGGCCCCGGGACCUGGUGAUCCCCUCCUAUGUGGCUAAUGAUCGGUCCAUGUCAGAGAUUCUGGUGUUUCUCUUUUCUGUCUCUGGGGCUUUUCUACUUGUAACCUGGCUGAUCACUGGGAUCGCUGGCAGGCUGGGAACAUGGAGGCGUCUGGCCGUCUGCUGGUUUGCCGUUUGCGGAUUCAUCCAUAGCGUUAUCGAGGGAUGGUUUUGUCUUUAUUAUGACAUUUUACCAGGGGAUCAGAGCUUCCUAUCACAACUGUGGAAGGAGUACUCCAAAGGGGACAGUAGAUAUAUCAUAGCUGAUAACUUCACAGUUUGUAUGGAGACCGUGACUGCUGCCUUCUGGGGUCCGUUCAGUUUUUGGACCGUUUAUUCCUUUAUAUCUACCAAGUCCUACAGAUUUGUUCUGCAGCUGAUCAUUUCACUUGGUCAGCUAUACGGAGCGGUGCUGUACUUCUUCACGGAGCACAGAGAUGGUUAUGUUCACAGCGAGUUCGGACAUCCAAUCUACUUCUGGUUCUACUUUGUCUUCAUGAAUUUUCUGUGGAUCGCUAUUCCUCUGGUGCUCAUUGUGGAUGCGUGGAGACAGCUAUCAGCAGCCCAGUCACUUUCAGACAGCUCGAAGACACAGAAGGUUAAAAGGAAGUAAUGUUUGACGGGCCGUCAAAAUGGGACAUACAGAAAAUGCAUUUUAAAAGUUUAACAAAUGCAAACUAUCUGUAUGUUGCAAUAUUGAUCUGAUUGUGAAAAAAGUGCCAGCAAACUAUGUAAUAUCUGUUAAUCAGCAGAUAUUGAAGCUUAUGUUGAUUAAGUGAGUAUGAUCUGCUAUGAUAUAUGACGGCACGUCUCUGCUGCUUGUGGAAUAUUCUGUGUGCACGAACAACUCCGUCCGUACCAGGCUCGGUCUGCACCUGCAGCUGCAAAAUCUCGGAAUAACAGCUCCUUGUUAGGAAGUAGGUCUGAUGAAUUGAAACCAAAAUCAUUUUAGUUACUUGAGCACACCGUGCUGGAAUAUUCCAAAAGCAGUGUAUUGUGCAGCUUCGGUGUGUCUUAAAUCUGUAUAACUGCAGGUAAUCAGAAUGUAUACCAGAUCUGACUGAAUCACCUUGCGGCAUCUUUGUAUGCAUUUUUGUUGUUGGAGCUCCAAAGGUGCCAUUGCAUUUUAUUAAAGUUUGGUUGAUUUUGUCUU